UCUGCUCUAAAGUUGUCAAAGGUAAUCGAUGCAGGCAGCACCAUCGAGUGACAUGCAGUACAGUGACAGUUUCCCAGUUACUUUUAACUUCCUUACUCAUUGCCAAAGCUCAGCUGAUGCUCUUGUGUGAAAACUGUGCGGUGCAGGCAGGGGACAGGGAGGAGCAUGUUGUCACUUGAGGACUGCCUGAGAGUUGCUCCGAGUCAGGGCUGGGUGUUUCCUCUGGCAGCGGACAGGCCUGGACAGAGCCUUCCCUCACUGUGGUCACCCGGAAGGCACCGGCAGUGAGAGGCUCUGCACUGGUUGACAUCUGCAGGGAGGUACAAAUGGAGCAACAGUAGAAAGCACCAGCAGGAGACUGAAAGUGAGAAGAUGCAUUUUUAAAGGGCCGUUUUCACAUAAACAGUUUCUUGCAUGAAUGAAGUAGAAAGUUAGUGGUAGAAACAACUGAAAAUCCAAAAACGACUAUAAAUUUAAGGCCAGUUUACGUGAUUUUGUGUAUAUUACUCUUAAGCUUUUUAUAUAAAGUGGGAAAACUAAUCUUUACUUUAGAAUAAAUCUAAGGAUCAAAUAUUUUAAAGCCUUCACUUAGUUCUGAGCUGUGGCAGGUGUUUAAUAAUUCAGUCUAUCAGUAAUAACUCAAUACUGAACACUCAAGCAAAGCAAAAAGGACAUGAGAAGUGUAAACCAGGUGCUAACAGAGCCCUGAUUCGUGUGUGUUAAGUGGACUGCACUAGGCAGGGGUGUCGUGAGGACCUGUGUGACAGUGACCUUGUUGCUAAGUGCAGAAGCAAAACAGUGGCACAAAAACAAGUGUGCUAAGUGCUGAGUGGAGGAGAGGUGGAGGCAGAGGCUGCUAGGGAAAGAAAAAGAGCUGACUGAAAAGGGCCCUUUGAUUCCACAGGCACAAAAAUCCACAGCCGGGAAUUUGCUGCCACCUCUGAGUCAGGCGGGGGGUGGGAGGUGGGGUGCCCAGUCCCAUCAGAGAAUGCCCAGUGGGUUUGGGCGUGAGAGGCGCAGUCCUGACUCCGACCGACCGGUGCAGACAGGAGAGCCUGGCCCGCCUGUGUCCUGGGCGGCGAGGCAGGAGAUGGCUCUCGCAGAGCAGUCACUGCGGGCCCCGCGGCGGCGGGACCUGUGCAGCCGCUCUAUCUGGCUAGCGAGGAAGAUUCGUUCAGACCUGACUGCCCUCACGGAGGCUUAUGUGAAACACCAGGGUCUGGGCACAGACGUCAGCCUGGAUUCUGUGGAUGGUGUCCCGACGGCGGGCACCAACCGGUGGAGCGAGCUCGCCGAGGCGGACCGGCUACAGGAGAACCUGCAGGCUUACCGCACCUUCCGCGUCCUGCUGGCGCGGCUUCUAGAAGACCAGCGGGUGCACUUCACCCCCACGGAAGGUGACUUCCAUCAGGCCAUCCACACGCUUGGGCUGCAAGUCUCCGCCUUCACCUACCAGCUGGAGGAGCUGAUGGCGCACCUGGAGCAUAAGAUCCCCCCAGAAGAGGCCAGUGGGAAGCCUGCGGGCCAAGGGGGACUCUUUGAGAAGAAGCUGUGGGGCCUCAAGGUGCUGCAGGAGCUUUCCCAGUGGACCGUGCGGUCCAUCCACGACCUGCGUGUCAUCUCUUCUCGGCAGGUGGGGGGCCUAGCACAGGAGAGCCAGUACUUCGCUAAGGAUAAGAAAAUAUAGCAAGUGGCCCUCCUGCCUCCUUGCUUCUCUUCUGAUGGAAUGCACAUAGCUCUGUGCAGCCCAUCCUUGGUUGGCUGUGAAGAGCUUUUGGGCCACUCGCCAAGUAGGACUGGAGAUGAGGAGUGGGCAUGCACGCGUGCGCAUCAUGGUGCAGGGGGGGAGCCUUCCACCCGCCCCUCCCCCCGCCCUAACCUUUCUGCUCACUAAGUGACCUUUACCAUAGCAGUCUUCAGACCCACUUCUGAGACGACUAAGCCGAUAAAUAAAUAACCGUGCGCUCUAUCUAGUCACGCUCUUAGGUAAUAAAAGUAAUAAUGGCUAACACUUACUGAGGAGCUGCUCCCUGGGUGCAACUUCCUCCACUACCGUGUGUGUGUGCAUGGGUCCCUCCCUGUCAGUGGAUGAGGAAACAGGUUCCCAGACUUAGUGAACAAUGUAGGAAAAAUUGAAGAAAGAAAUGGUGAGGAGCUGGCCACUUAAAA